CUCGCGACUAAUCGAAGGGCGAGUGCAGUUGAGAGAAAAGAUUCACGUGAAACUUUCCCGCGUAAAAUAAACACUUUUGUUGGAAAUACGUGAAUUAGGGGAGUGGAUUGAUUGAAUGUCGUUGAUUGGAAAAGCUUUUUUCGAAGGUUUCAAGUUGAAUUGUUUUUAUUUUAUAUAGAGAUUAGAUUUAAAGUAUUUUAAUAUGAGUGGGAGUUUGUUGCUGCUCAGUUUGAUUUUAACGAUCAAACGAUGCCACAACUACUUCACCUCACUACUGUCAACAGAAAUUUAUUAAUCAAAGGACGAUAAUGUUUUUAAGACAUUCAAUCAUAGUGUUUACGACACUAACUUUAUCGUAUCAUACAAUAAACAGUUGUAAACUCGAAGACUAUUUUAAUAUUAAAGAAGUGAGCAUCGAAGAUGCGGUACGAACAUCCAACGUGGUCUUCCGAGCUUUAUCUACUCCUCUAAGGAACUUCGAUACCGAAGUACUGACGGCUUAUUUUGAUUUGGUUACAGUUUAUAAAGGUGAGGAGAAGCUGAGCGGUUGGAGGCAACUUAAUAACUAUUUUCGUAAAAUCAACGUAACAUUCGUAACUAGCGAGGGUCCGGACUGUUUACUGGAAAACGAGGUGCCGAGGGAAUAUGUCGUCUUUGCGAAUCUCGUUGGGGAUCAAAUACGUGCCAGUUGGGCGGCCAAGUGGGACGACGAAGUUGACGUGAGGGUGUGGGAGGCACUGGGGUGGAGCGAGUGGACUAACUGGUCAGCGUGUAGCGUUUCUUGUUCGACGGGGAUCCAGCAACGGACCCGUCGCUGCUUGAAAAUCGAAUGUUCCGGAUUUAAUAUUCAACAAAGACACUGUAAUUUAUUUAGUUGCAAUGGUACAGUGACCCCACUGAGCCUGAAAGAGGACAAAUAUUUCCAUCCGUCUAAGGAUCGUUGGCGACCAGUUCCAGACAGAGCGACAGCGUGGCGUCUCCAGCCCAACUCGUACAUUUGGAUUCCGGCCUCGAUGCUUUUUCCCAAAGAACUGGAUCGCAAUAUUCCCAGGGAGUUUGCCUUGGCGUUAACGCUAAGAAUUCCUAAUGUAACGAUCGGAACUGUAUUCAGCUUACGAUCCCGUUCCAAACAACAUAUCUAUUUGUCGUUAGAAGUCGCAGGGAGCGAUUUAAAAUUUAUCCACGCAACCGAGAAGGGAACGGAUGUGGUCCGAAUUCCCACGGGAAUGGAUGACGGAAAGUGGCAUCAAGUCGCAUUCGGUAUUCGGGACGAGAGCAUUUUGGACGCUUUCGUGGACUGCGAGUGGUCCCGGACUGAAAUUCUUUUGGCUCAUUCACUUGACGUUCCUGAAGACUGCGAUGUCAUCGUAGGGUAUUUGUUUACAGGUGACAUCGAACAGUUAACUUUACUAAAAGACCCUCGUGCAGCCAGGCUUCAAUGUUCCACCACCCAAACUUCUAUAGAAGAUUCCGAUAUGGAGUUCACUUCAAACGGUUUUAAUUUAUUGAAAAGGAAGGUAACAAAGAGCAGAACACACCGAUAUUGAAAAAUUAAUGUUUCGGGACUAUUACUGAAUAAAUACGGAACGAUUUUGAAUACUUAGUCUUCCCCAUCUGUUAACAUUUUUUUACAGCUACUCUGUAUUGUUGUUAAAAAUAGUGUGGGGAUGAUUGGAAAUAAAAAACUAUUGUCAAAAAAAAAUAGUAUACAUUUUUAUUUUCUUAUUCUUAUUAUGUGUUAUUUUAAUCAUAGAUAUUAAAUAUAUGUACGUAAUUAUUAACUAAGCCUCUUAGUUAUCCUUUUUUUUGUUAUUUUUUAUAUGUACCUGUAUGACAAUAGGCCUAAGGUAGGCCAUAAACGUUAUUUUCUAAUAUUAACAUAAAAUGUAUUAAUAAGAUGUGAUGUUUAUUAACAGAUUGUA